UACCUAGCUAACACGUUAUUGCCAACACAUUAUUGCCAAGCCAAUAAUUUCAUCAUACACAAAAAAUGGCAACAACAAAACUCAUACUCAUCUUCAUAACCCUUUUCACAAAAUCAAUAGCUCAAUCUCCAAACUAUGUAGGAGAUGAUUGUAAAAACUCAACAGAACAAUCUCUUACAACUACAUACAAAUCAAAUCUUAAAAAAGUGCUAUCAUUGUUAUCCUCGGAUGCUAUUGUGAGCAAAGGAUAUAAUCAUACAAGCAUAGGAGGGAACACAGUUGAUGGUGUGUAUGGUCUCUAUGAUUGUAGGGGUGAUGUCACUGGUUCUUUUUGUCAAUUUUGUGUCUCUACUGCUGCCUCAGUUAUUCUUCAACAAUGUCCUAAUAGAGCCUCAGCUGUUAUAUGGUACAAUUUUUGCAUUCUCAGGUAUUCAAACCAUAAUUUCUUUGGGAAGCUAACAACAACACCUUCAUGGGAUAUUUUGGGGACAAAAGAUAUCACUAAUCCACAAGAAGUUGAUAAAGGUGAAGAUAACAUGCAAAGUUUAAUAAAAGAAGCUACUAUGGAGAAUGGUAAAUUGUAUGCAAUGAGAGAGUUCAAUUUGAGUAAUGAGAAAAGGUAUGGGUUGGUGCAAUGUAGUAGGGACCUUAGUGAAGUUGAGUGUAGUGAAUGUUUGGAGGCUAUGUUGGAGAAAGUUCCUAAAUGUUGUGGGACAAAGAUUGGUUGGCAAGUUCUUGCUCCAAGUUGUUUGAUUAAGUAUGAUGAUUUUAUCUUCUAUCAACUUAUUUCUCAAACUUCUUCUCCUUUGCAUGAUUCAGGUGAGCAAGGAGGUUCAAGUAAGCAUAAUACGUUAAUCAUCACCAUUGUCAUUGUGUUGGUGGUUGCACUUGCUCUCAUGAGUUUCUGUAUCUACUUCAUAUGGAGAAAAUAUCAUUCAAAUAAAGAUGGACUGGUGCCAAAGACAAUUACUACAUCUCAUCAUGAUGAUAUUCAAAGAGAGGAAUCCUUACAUGGUGACCUCCCAAUAAUCCCUUUAAUUUGGAUUCGACAAAGUACUAAUAAUUUUUCACAGUUAUGCAAAUUAGGAGAAGGUGGUUUUGGCCCUGUUUACAAGGGUAAUUUAGUAGAUGGCACAGAAGUUGCAAUUAAAAGGCUCUCUACAACAUCUGGUCAAGGUUCAAAAGAGUUUAAGAAUGAAGUAAUCUUUAUUGCUAAAUUGCAACAUAGAAACCUUGUGAGACUCUUGGGAUGCUGCAUUGAGGAUAAUGAGAAGUUGCUUGUAUAUGAAUACAUGCCAAAUUCAAGCCUUGACUUUCAUCUAUUUGAUGGAGAAAAAAGAAAAGUUCUAGAUUGGAAGUUAAGAAUGAACAUUAUUAAUGGAAUUGCAAAAGGACUCUUGUACCUUCAUGAAGACUCUAGACUUAGAGUAAUCCAUAGAGACCUAAAAGCUAGUAAUGUUCUUUUAGAUCAAGAGAUGAAUCCAAAAAUAUCUGAUUUUGGAUUAGCUAGGUCAUUUGAAAAAGACCAAAGUCAAGAAAAUACAAGAAGAGUGGUGGGCACCUAUGGAUACAUGUCGCCAGAAUAUGCUAUGGAAGGAUUAUAUUCUGUGAAAUCUGAUGUUUUCAGCUUUGGAGUUCUUUUAUUAGAAAUAGUUUGUGGAAAAAGAAACGGUGGAUUUUAUCUUGCAGAACAUGGUCAAAGUCUUCUAAUAUAUAGUUGGAAUCUUUGGUGUGAAGGAAAAAGUUUGGAACUUUUAGAUCCAAUACUAAAAGAGACAUACAUAGAAAAUGAAGUCAUGAAGUGUGUACAUAUUGGUUUAUUGUGUGUACAAGAAGAUGCAAUUGAUAGACCAACCAUGUCCAAUGUUGUUGUCAUGUUGGCAAGUGACACAAUGGCACUUCCCACUCCUAAUCAACCAGCAUUUUCAGUUGGAAGAAAAGCAGUUGAAGAUGAAUCAACAUCAAAAGCUUCCAAUAAUCUUUCUAUAAAUGAAGUUACAAUAUCAAAUGUUUUUCCUAGAUAGUCAAUAUCACUAUAGUUGUUAAACGGACCCACCAUGUUAAAAUUAAAUAUACUAAUAGAAAAUUAGUUUGUUUUAAUAAAAAAAUUGUUUAGGAAAAAAAUAAGAGGUUGGUAGU